ACUAUGGCUUCAAUAACUUGUAAUAAAAUAAAAAGUUGUUAUGCAUUAUUGUUUGAACCCUUUUUGUUUCUUGUUCUUAUCUACAAAAAAAAUCCCAAAAGGGAUUUUUGAGUAUCCAUUGGAAAAAUAUAAUCUUGAUUCAGUAGAAAGGGUGAAGAAAAUGGAGUGUAGUUUGAAGGAACAUAUAACCACUCUUUCUUUUGCUGCUGAUGAAUCUGUGGCAGAAAUGGCUUCUGGAAAUUAUGGGUGCUCGCAUUAUAGAAGGAGAUGCAAAAUUAGAGCACCUUGUUGUGAUGAGUUAUUUGAUUGCAGACAUUGCCAUAAUGACUCAAAGAAUUCUUUAGACGUUGAUCCACUCAAACGACACGAUAUUCCUCGCCAUGAUAUUAAAAGGGUCAUUUGCUCAUUGUGUAAUACUGAACAGGAUGUUCAACAAAAAUGCAUCCAAUGCGGGGUUUGCAUGGGGAAGUACUUUUGCUCAAAAUGCAACUUCUUCGAUGAUGAUGUCUCGAAGAAUCAAUACCACUGUGAUAAAUGUGGAAUCUGCAGAACGGGUGGCGAGGAGAAUUUCUUUCACUGUGACACAUGUGGAUGCUGCUAUACAAAUUCGAUGAAGGAAUCACAUAAAUGUAUAGAAAGAGCGAUGCACCACAAUUGCCCUGUUUGCUUUGAGUAUAUUUUUGAUACAACAAAAAACAUCAUUGUCUUGCCUUGCGGUCACACAAUGCAUCUGGAAUGUGUCAUGCAGAUGGAACAACAUUUCCAGUAUUCUUGUCCUGUUUGCUCAAGAUCAUACUGUGACAUGUCUCGAGUCUGGGAACAACUGGACCAGGAGGUUGCGUCAACAGCUAUGCCUGAAAUGUAUCAGGACAAGAAGGUUUGGAUUCUUUGCAACGACUGUGCGGAAACAUCUGAGGUUAACUUCCAUAUAGUAGCACAUAAAUGUCCAAGUUGCAAAUCCUAUAAUACAAGGCAGACAAGAGGAGGGUCCAGUUCAUGCUCUAAUAUUACCGAUAUGAUCAGAUGAGGUUCUUGAUCGCGACAUUGGAUCAGAUUUUUUCUUCAAAUUACUAUUUGCCUGAUUAUAAACGAUGAAAUCAAUGCCCACGAGUCACGACUGCAACAAUUGGUAUGAUUAUAACUUCAUUAUUUUCCAUGAGUUUACCUCAGAAAGCAUCGAGGAGGAAUUUACAUGUCAUUGCUUGCAACAAGGGAGUUGUUGAACAUUCUUUACUUAUUCUUUCACGUAAUCUCUCUCUGUAUUGCUUUAUGUAGAGAUGGAUUUAGGAUUUUAAUUUUAUAAGUUCUGAACUCACAGUCCUUUUUUACUUUUCUAGCUUCGAGAUGGAUUAGUUAUAUGUAUUGAGUGGAUUCUCCUCAACACAAAUACAAGUUCUGGAGGAAAACUAUUGAAUUCUGUUGAACUCGUAUCUUGUACUGUAGAAUACAAGAAGAUAUUCCAAAAUGAACUUUGAUUAGUAGUA